UCCUGUCAGCUUGUCAGCAUUCUCUAUCACUGGCCUAUGGACUGUGUAUGCCAUGGCCGUGAUGAACCGCCACGCAUGCCCUGUGGAGAACUGGUAUGGCGCACUCUGCAGACAGCCUCCCUCCAAAGCUCCCUUCAUCUCUGCUCCCUCUUGGGUCGGGGCUGUUGUGAGCAAGCCAGUUGGAGACCCUGGCCCUCACUGCUCUUAGCUGACACUGGCAAUGCCUGCCCCUCCCCAGGCAUGACUUCAAGCCCAUCCACCUAUUUCCCACCAUCCCUUCACCCCUUUGGCAUCUGUCUCAGUCCAGUUCUGGGAGGUGGGCUCUCCUGCCCCUGCCAAGAGAAUACUGGGAGGGUAGUCUCUGAGAAGCUGGAGGGUACAGGCUGGGAGAACCCCUUUCCCCCAGUCUACUCUCUGUCCUGCCUGCCAGGUCCUACAACGAGUCCUGCUCUCCUGACCCCGCUGAACAAGGGGGCCCCAAGACUUGCUGCACCCUGGAUGAUGUCCCCCUCAUCAGUGGCUCUGAUCUGCCUGCUGCGCUACGGGCAGCUCCUGGAGCAGAGUCGUCAUUCCUGGGUCAACACCACAACACUCAUCACAGGCUGCACCAACGCUGCGGGCCUUGUGGUGGUCGGCAACUUCCAGGUGGAUCAUGCUAAGUCUCUGCACUACAUCGGAACUGGUGUGGCCUUCUCCGCCGGGCUGCUCUUUGUCUGCCUGCACUGUGCCCUCUGCUACCACGGGGCCACCGCCCCCCAGGACCUGGCUAUGGCCUACGUGCGGAUUGUGCUGGCAGCCAUCGCCUUUGUCACCCUGAUCCUCAGUGCGGUCUUCUUUAUGCACGAGAGCUCUCAGCUGCAGCAUGGGGCAGCCCUGUGCGAGUGGGUGUUUGUCAUUGACAUCCUCAUUUUCUACGGCACUUUCAGCUAUGAGUUCGGAGCAGUGUCGUCAGAGACGCUGGUGGCUGCGCUGCAGCCUGCCCCUGGCCGGGCCGCCAAGUCCUCUGGGAGCGGUCGCACCUCCACUCACCUCACCUGUGCCCCCGAAAGCAUCGCCAUGAUCUGAGGUCUGCGGAGGGUGGCCGGGCCAGCCUCACCAGCUCCCCACCUCAUAACUUUGCAUUUAUUUUGUACCAAAAAUGGUUUUGAGGAAGUGUUGUCGGGAUAUAGGCUUCCUUGCUGCUGGAGCAGUGGCCAUCCCACACCCACCCGUGCCACGGAGGAACAGGCCCGGCAGGUGCCUGGGCUGCACACAACCUACUCCCUUACUCUGCACUGUUGUUUUUAUGUUCAAAGGUCACAUAUUCUUAUUUCACCCAGCCAGCCCUUCAGGUGCCUUCUACUCCCCAGUGCCGAAGCCAAACCACUGGGGUUUCCUGCUGCAGGAAUUGGGGGCUGGGAACAGCAAGAAGGAUAGAAUUUGGGGUGGAGGGAUAGGCACUCCUUAGACUGUGGGAAGGCCCACUUUGGGGCCCACUGAGCUGCACUGGGAUUCUUCACUCUGCCCUUUUCUUUCUUUCGGGCAAAUAACACAGCAGAACCAUGUGGGUAUUUUAGUACUUUUAUAUAUAUAUAUACAUAUAUAUAUAUAUCUAUAUCUAUAUCUAUAUAUAUAUAUCUAUUAAAAGAAUUCUAAUUUGCAUGUUUGUAGUCUGUUCUGAAGAGUCAAGAGAGAGACUAACCCAGGUUGGCUUUCCCUAGGCAAAGGAUGGGCAAAAUCUCCUGCCCCCAGAAAGAGUCCUGAGUGGCCACUGCUCUU